AUGUGUGGGUGUUGUUGGGUUGUUUGUUGUGGUGGUGGGGGGGGGGGUGGGGGGGGGGGGUGUUGGUUUUGUGGGGGGGGGGUGGGGUUUGGGGGUUGGGUGUGUUGGGGUUUGUGGGGUGGGGGGGGGGUUGUUUGGUGGAGGGGGUUGGGUUGUUGGUGGGGGGUGGUGGUAGUGUGGGGGGGGGUGGUGUUUGUGGGUGUUUUAGUUGUGUGUGUGUUUGGGGGGGGGUGGGGGUGGGGGGUUUGGUUUUUGUGGGAGUGGUGGGGGGGGGGGUAUGUUGUGGGGGUGUGGGGGUUGGUGUGUGAGGGGGGGGUGGGUGUUGGUGGGGUGGGGUUGUGGGGGUGGGGGGGUUGGUUGGGGUGUGGUUGGGUGGGGGGGGGGUGUGGGGGUGGUGGGGUGGGGGGGGGUGUGUGGUGGUGGGGGGAUGGGGGUGGGGUGGGGUGGGGUUGUUUUGUUGGGGGGGGGGGGGGUGGGGGGGGGGGGGGUUUGGGGGGUGGGGUGGAGUUUGGUGUUUGGGGGGUGGUGGUUUUUGGUUUUGGUGUGUGUAGGGGGGGUUUGUGUGUAUGGGGGGGGUGGUGGGGGGUUGGUUGGGGUGGGGGGGUGUGGGGGGGGGUGUGGGGGGGUUGUGGGGUUGGGGUGGGGUUAGGUUUGGGUGUUGUGUUGGUUGGGGGUGGAGGGGGGGGUGGGGUGGUGGGUGUGGUGGGGUAUGGAUGGGGGGGUUGUGGGUGGGGGUGGUGGGGGGGGGGGGGUGUGGGGGUUGUGGGAGUGGGAGGGGGUGGGGGGGGGGUUGGGGGGGGGUUGGGGGGUGUAGGUGGGGUGGGUUGUGGGGGGUGGUAG